CGGAGCAAAUAAGUUUGCAGAGUGCAGCAAGAGUUUCUGUCUUAGAGAAAACUCCAGUCCAACGUUUCUAACCUGCGGAAAGGAAGAUCCAAGAAAGAGACACGAUCCUGGUGGGCAACCUGAUCCAGGAAGAGGGAUUUAUUUUCCUUCUACAUUCCUGAUGGAGUCCUACAGAGUGACUGGCAUUCCUAACAGCGGACCACAGCGGGGCUACACUCAGCCACCCCGUUCUUCCAGGCCUAAUAGUAAUGGAGCUGGUACAUAUGGCCUUAGUAUUCGUGUCCAGGGUAUAGAUGGACACCCCUAUGUGGUCCUCAACAACCAGGACAGGGGUUCUCAGUCAUAUACUGAUCCUAACAGCAAUGGCUACCUUGACACAGAAAGUUCAUUUAUUGAGAAUUACCAAGAUUAUAAGUUUAGAGGGGAUAAAGAAGCUGGAUCCAAUGAUCCCUUUAUGGAGUACAGAACACAGAAGAUGAUGCCUUACACUGGUCCUCAGAAUGGGGUUACUGAACCGCAAGCACCGAAACCGUCCACGCUUCUGAACUUUCAGAGGCACCCUGAGAUCCUCCAGCCGUAUGAUCCAGAGACCAACAACCUAAACCUUGAAGGGUUCAACAGCCUCCCACCUAGGCCUGUGCCUCAAGCUGAUGCUGGGAUUGAAUACCAGAGUCCUUACCCAAACCAUGAAUUACGAGGUCCCUCUGGUUUCCGGUCCUCAAGCCUGGGUCGGAACAGAGAUCGCACACAGCAGGAGAAGAGGCUGUUUCCACAAACGGGCCUGAACGCGGCCAACACAGAAACACCUCUUCCUAAACCAAAGUCACAGUCUCAGUCAUUGCCUUCAACCCAGGUGGCUCAGCCUCAAAAUAGAGCACAGUCCCAGCAGAUUCAGCCUCAGAUUAAACCUUACGUCACUAAUGUGAAUCCACCUCAGCCCAAGCAGACCUCUAAAACUCCACCAGUACCUGCAGCCCAGCCUCAGCAAUCCCCUGUUUCAAGUCCCCCAAGUGACCAGAGGAAGACGUCUCCCACUUCCGUGCGUAGUGCCAACUCCAGUCUCGAGCGCAUUCACCACGAUCCUGACAUCCUUCCCCUAUGCCGGACCGACUCCAGUGAGCCAGUUCUUCAGUCCUCCUCCCGGUCGCGUCACUCCUCCUUAUCUUCCAGCAGUAAGUCUCUGAUAGAUGAGCAGAUGGAGGCUCUGUAUUCAGACGCCAUAAACCGCCACGAGAAUCGCCGCUACAUUCCCUUCCUCCCUGGUUCAGGGAGAGAUAUAGACACAGGAUCGACCCCUGCCGUCGAUGAGCUUAUCGAGAAGUUUGAUGGCAAAGAGGGUGGUCAUCAGCGGAGGGGCAGGGCAGGGCGCAGAAACAGGAUCGAUCCAGAAGACAGAAAGCGCUCGCGUAGCGUGGACAGUGCCUUUGGGUCAAGAAGUGGCUCGAGCUACACGGACGAGUUUGGCCGAUAUCAAGGCACAUCAAAGGAGCACGUCCUGCGGCCGUCGCAGCUGCGACUGCAGAGGAUGGCAAGUGGUCAGGACCCCUGGCCUAUGGCUGUAGAUGGGCCUUCAUCUUGUGCCACCAGUGCACCAGGAUCCCCCCAGAGCUCCAUCUCCAAAGGCACUGGAUCUAUACGAGGUUACACAAAGCCACAGUCACGCCCCUCUAUACUGUCUUUUAAGAGCAGUGCGAGUGAAAAAAAGCCAUCUUCUGUUGAAAAACUAUCAACAACAUCACUGUCCUCCUCCCUGUCCAAUCCCCCUUCUACCACUGAUAAAAACAUCAGUACUGGGGCAGAUGUUCAGGCCACACCUGAUCUCCUGAAAGGUCAGCAGGAGCUUUCACAACAAACACACGAGGAGACAGCCAAGCAGAUAUUGUUCAGUUACCUUAAAGACGGAAGCAAUGAUGAUGAUGAAGUGACGAAGAAGAAGGUGAACUUGGUCUUUGAGAAGAUUCAGACGCUGAAGUCUCGUGCCACAGGAAGCACACAAGGCGACAGCAAAACCCCGGACCUUGCUGCGGAGACCAAAGCUCUGCAGGAGCAAAAUGCUGAACUGGAAAAAGAGAUCGUUGAGCUGAAGGGACAGCUGGAGGAACAAAUAAAGAAGAGUCAGGCUGACAGAAGGACAGCAGCGGGUUUAAAGGAGCUGCAGCAGGAGCUCCAGAGGAGCCUGGAUGAGUGCAAGAAGCUGAAGGAAAAACUGGCUAAAACAGAGGCUGAGCUCAACACCUCCGUGGAAGAGCUUUACCAGGUGAAGAUUGAGCGGGAACAGUACCAGACAGAGAUCAGAGACCUGCAGGACCAGCUGUCAGAGAUGCAUGACGAACUGGACUCAGCCAAGAGGUCCGCUGCUGACGGAGAGAAAGACAUGGCGGACAUGAUGCAGCUUAAGGUGGAGAUGCAGGAAGUUCUCAUGGCUAAAGAGGAGCAGGAUGAACUGUUGAGGAGGCGAGAAAGGGAGCUGGCAGCCCUCAAAGGAGCUUUGAAGGACGAAGUAGCCGCUCACGAUCAGGAGGUGGACAAGAUGAAGGAGCAGUAUGAGAAGGAAAUAAGCAGGCUGCAGACAUCUUUGGAGGAGGCCAAGCAGAACAGCGCGGCUGCAGUUCGAGAGAAGGCCGAGGUAGAGGCAGCCAAGGGACAAGCCGAGGGCCAAGCUGGGCGACUGAACCAAGAGAUCGAGCGACUGCGCAGGCGGACGAAUGAGCUGGAAAAUGAGGUGGCUAAACUCAACAGGAUUAUCGAUGAGGCCAAGCUACUGGAGAGCAGGCUGGGAGACAAAGUUGGCCGCCUGGAGAGAGAGAAAAGGCACCUGGAAGAGUCCCUAUCUGAGAUCAGGGAGCAGGAAGAGGAGAUGUCCCGUGCUAACCGAAUGUUGAACCUCCGACUGGAAGAUGUGCAGAAGAACUUGGACAUACUGGACAUUGAGAACAAAGAGCUUGAGGACAGGUUACAGGAGGAGAAGUCUCAGAAGGAGCAGUUUAAAAGCAUGAAGAACAGCAUUGAAGACGAGAGAAGGCUGCUGGACCGGACAGUGGAAAAACUUCAGAGGGAGAUGAGUGGUAUUGUUGAGGCGUCACAGUCAUCCACUCGUGAGCUGCAGGAGCAGAUCGAUAUUUAUAAAGAGAAGAACCGACGGGAGCUGGCAGAGCUGCAGAGACUCCUAAAGGAGAGAGGACAGGAGCUGGACAAGUUGGUGCUGACCACGAAAACCCUGCAAGAGGAGUUGUCGCUUCGGAAGGAUGAACUGAAGCAUUGUCAGAGGGAAAGAGACGAAGCUGUUCUCAGGGAGCAGACUCUGGAGAAAAAAGUUCAUGAUCUGGAGUUGGAGGCUGAGAAAAACACACGGGUCAAGGACGACAAAACCCGACAGAUGAAACUUAUGGAGGAAAGGAUUGCUCAGCUGGAGUUAGACCUCAAUGAGGAGCGUCAAAGUGGAGACCAACUGAUGGAUAGGAUAGACCGAGGAAGAGAGCAGGUGGAGCAGAUGAGGAAUGAACUCCUGCAGGAGAGGGCUAGCAGACAGGACCUGGAGUGUGACAAGUUGGCUCUGGAGAGACAGAAUAAAGAUCUGAAGUCCAGAGUGGCUCACCUUGAAGGUUCCCACAAGUCAAACAAGGAGAGUUUGGUGACUGAGCUGGAGGCUCACAUACAAGAGCUGGAAGAGAAGCUGGAGGGGGAGGAACGGGAGAAGUCCAACCUGUCCCUGGCCAACCGCAGGCUAGAGAGGAGAGUGAAAGAGAUGAUGAUGCAAAUUGAAGAGGAACAUCACACAAUGCAAGAUCAGAAGGACCAAUUGAAUCUGCGUCUGAAAGCCCUGAAGAGGCAGAUGGAUGAGGCUGAAGAGGAGAUCGAUCGACUGGAGCACAGUAAGAAGAAGGUGCAGAGGGACCUGGAUGAACAACAGGAAGCCAACGAACACCUCAAUAGUCAGCUCAAAGCUCUGCGCAACGAAAUCAGACGUAAGAACACCUCUGCUCCUCUGCUCAACAAUCUGGACGACGAUGAUGAUGAUGAUGAUGAUGAUGUCAGCACUGAUGGAGAGAUGUACUUCAGCUCGUCGUCGGGUUACAAGCGCACCGCAAGUCAGGAAAACAGCCUGUCAAGCCUCGGCUUGUGAAUGGACAUAAGAAAUGCUUUUUUACUGUACCACUGUUGAAUCAAACACCAGGAUGUUCAUUGUUUCAUGUGCUAUUGUAGAUAUCACACUGAUUUAUCUGUGUAAAUACUGAGUGACUAAGUUGUUUUCUGUGUUUUUUAAAGAUUUGUUUUGCAGCAUUUGUGGCCUUUAUUUAGUCUUUUUUGUAGGUAGGUAGACAUGAAAUGGGGUGAAGAGAGGGGGAAGACAUGCAACACAGGUCGCCGUGGCUGGCACUCGAACUAGGGAACAGUCGCAUCGAGGGCUGUAGCCUCUCCAUACCUGGGCUGCGCGCUCUACCGCUGUGACUGCGCUGCGCCCGUUGGUUGUUUUUUUAAUAUCCACCUUUUAACAGUGGUCACAGCUUCCAGGAUUUUAUUUCUGGGCGUGGUCUCGAUGUCUAUAAACUCACUCAGUGUUAUUCCAGCAGCUCUCUGAAGGAUAAAAUUUGAAGGGAAAGAUAAAAUUUGAAGGGUUUUAUAUGACGAAAAGAAACAUGUAAAUAUUGUUUAUUUCUACACUUUACAUUCCCUCCUCCUUGUUUCUUUGCUACCUAAUGCAGAAAUUAUUCUCAACGCCGAUUAUUCCACCAGUAGUGGACUUGAAAACCAACUACUGAUUGCACUGUAAACCCAAACUGUAACGCCUUUUUGAACAUCCACUUCUUUUUAUGCCUUUUAAUGAAUCAUAAAUAUACUCUUUUCUACCUACCAGGUAUAUGAAAUAUAUUUACUUUUUUAAUGAAUACAAAGCUAAUUUGAAUAUAUGAAGUGAAUUCUGCCAGGACACUUGUUUAAUUUAUUCGUUCUGGGCUUAUUGAGGGUUUUGUUUUUAGGGAGUGGUAAAUGAGGGACUUUGUACACAUCUUUUUGUACAGUGUUGUGUCUUUUGAUGACCAGUAUAGUAACACAAUGGCAUCAAUUUAUAUGUUGAUUUUGUACAAUAAUCUCAGUAUUUUUAUAUGGCUUUUGGAAAAGUUUGUUUUUUUCCUAAAUGAGACAUUUAUUAGUUACAUCUCUGCACAAAGUUAUCUUCCCAGACACCUUGAUUUAACCUCCAUCUUCUGUUAGAUCUCAGUGUUAAAACUGAACACUGUGAGACUUUUGAUAUUAAUUAUAUGCCAGCUCUCACAGUGCCUUGUGAAAUGCUUCUUUUUUACCUGAAUGGAUGAUUUUCUUUAGAUGUAAUAAACUGACAAUCAAAGAUAUUUCUACACUGUGAUGAUUUGCACUCUGUGUUUGCUCUGUGCUGAAAAUGCUGAAUUCUGACCCCGUGUGGAGGAAUGCAGAUUCCUGCCACUACCUCUCUGUACGCAACUGUAUGUUCAUAAAUCCUGCUGUGACAAAAAUAAAGUUACUUUCAGUUA